UGAUUUUGGCACUUCUCUGUUGUCUUGAUUUUGAAGUUUUCUUCCAAAGCAAAUAAAAACCAACAAUUUAAAACAAUGGAAAAUAAUUCAAUAAAGGUGAUUCUUAAAACUGAAAUACCUCAUCGAGAUCAACAAAUUGACAUACUGGUGGAUAUCCUUCAAACCAGAACUCUUCCACCUUUUUUGUAUGUUUAUGGCCACACGUCUACGGGAAAAUCUUUAGUUGUUCAGCAAGUUAUACAGUCGAUAGAGACUAUUCAGUAUGCAGCAAUCCAAUGCAUUGAAUGCCUGAGCCCUCGCUUUCUUUACGAAUCAGUAUUGGAGCAGUUGGGAUGUGAAGAUCGUUGUGACAGUGCCAAUGACUUUGCCAGGCAUCUUAAACAAUCAUAUGUUGGCAGACCAAUUUGUAUUGUGCUUGAUAAGGCAGAAAGGUUGAGAGACCUAAAUGAUGGAAUGCUAAUCCCUAUGCUUACCAAAAUCCCGGAAUAUACUGGGCUCAAUAUUUGCAUCAUGUUCAUCUCUGAAAUUCCUUUUGAAAAGUUUCGUUGUGGCACAGGAAGCCUUGAUCCCAUCCACAUCUUUUUCCCACAGUACAGUAAAGAAGAAAUUCUUGAUCUACUGAUGAAGGAGUGCCCACAGCCAGAAAAUUCAUCUUUGUACCAGACAUACUUGUCCAUGAUAUUGGGUGUUUUCUUGGUUGCAUGUCGCGAUUAUUGCGAGCUGCGCUACAUAGCCUCACAGCACUGGGAUUCUUUUAUGGAGCCAAUCAAUAAUGGAGAAAUUGACCGAACUCAGGCAGUUAAACUGUGGCGACAUCUUGAACCGAAACUUCGAUCGAGUCUUAAUACAGUCUACGUUCGUGGUCCUGAUUCAUGCGGGACUCAAAUUGGCCUCAAAAUGGAGCUACCAUUCUUUUCCAAGUUUCUAAUCAUCGCCGCAUAUUUAGCUAGUUAUAACCCGGCUCGAUACGACCGACGCUUAUUCGUCAAAGCCAAAGAGGGCAGGAAAAAUAAGGACAAGGGUUUGAAGUCCCUAAAGAAGCAAAAACUGCAUAAUGCCGCUCGCUUGAUGGGUCCCAAAGUCUUCCCGAUCGAUCGACUGAUGGCCAUUUUCUAUUCAAUUGUCGAAGAACGAGUCACGCCAUCCUUAAAUAUAUUUGUACAGAUUUCCACUUUGGUUUCCUUAAAGCUCCUGACACACACGGGAUCUGCGGCCAUGUUUCAAGGAGUUCCUAAAUACCGCUGUAAUGCCGGUUACGAUUUGGUCAGAAGCUUAGCGAGGACGGUGAAUUUCGAGCUUGGGCGUUACCUCUAUGACACGACUGUUUAAACCACUUUAUUUGGGGCUAUAUACUAUUACCGUCAUCAUUGAUAAAAAGGUUUUGUACAUUAUUUAUUGAAAAUUUUUUAAGUUUUUCAACCGUGUGCCCUCAAUCUAUGCAUCCUGUACAAUAUAGAUAACAAUGCAAGACGGUUGUACACUUCAUUGUUUAAACUGAUAA